UAUACAUAUCUAUCUCUCUCCUUAUUCUUAAUCCCUAUACGUUAGGUCCUACAUAUGUCUAUUUGCCUACACAUACAUAUAUUCAGAUAUAUGUCACCCAAUCCGUACUCCUCGUUACGUCCCUGCUAUAGUUCUGUUCACCCACCGGUACUACAUCUCACAUCAUCACCACAUUCACAAUUAUACGAUUUCCACGAUCCUCCUCUUGUUGUCACGUGCGGAAAUCACUUGGCGGAAUAAGACGAUUAACUUAACUUAUUGGCCUUUAAGCUAACUAACUGGUUUAUCUCACAUUCAUACCGGUUCUCAUGAAGUUUGCCCAGGAAUUCAGGAAAUCUCUACAACAAGAAGGCUUCCCUCAAAGAUGGGUUAGUUCCGCCGUUCCCUACGGCCAGCUCAAAAAGUGUCUCAAGAAGGUUACAAAUGAACUCCAGGAGCUUGGCCUGGACAAGGAUACUCUGGCUCAGUUGGCCAAUACUCAAAAAGACCCAUCUACAGUGGCCUUUCACUAUCAUUUAGAUGGCAAGACUACGGAUUCAAAAUACUUUCGACCAAGGUUAACUUUCUUCAUACACUUAAAGGAUGGUGUGGCCGUAGACGCGAAGUUGACCCCGUCCACAAGAGAUUUCCUGAAGAAGAUCGUUCCCAGGACCGAAGGCGUAUCGGAUCCGAUGGUGGAUGAACCUGGCCAUGAAACCCUAUCUCCUACCUCUCCUAAUCCACAGCGACCUCCUCUAUCUGAGGAGUACUUGUCGUCGAUUCAACAGAUUGAAGUACCUUUAGUCUUUGAUGGCGAAUUCUUCGACAUCCUGCAGACUGAUGUUUCAAACUUGGACGUGUUGCAAGAAGAAGAACAAGAUAAGUUAGGAAAAGAGAUAGCACUCCUGGGACAGGAAAUUAACAUAGCUACGAAACCAUCGAAGGGCCGGAAAGUAAGGGGGGACCUGGAGACGUGGCGUAAGAUCUUUGAACUGUACCUGGAUGCCCGGGUCUUCUUUUCCACUUUAGAGAGUGAUCAUGGAGCUAGGACAAGUUCCCAAGCAGUUGAACAGCUGCGAUGGUUUCAAGACCAGGUGCUAUCGAGAAAACUAGUUCAUGGCCUGAAGUUGAAUAACAGCCGGCAAGCCUAUACCAGGUUUCUCAACACGAACGCUUUGCUCCUGCAAAUUCUCAAAUUCCAGGAGAUUAAUAAUUUAGCGGUAACCAAGAUACUCAAAAAAUUCGACAAGAGGACCUCGCUAGGUGUUUCUCGCGUAUUCCCUGUUACUGUACGAUCCAAUCACCUCUUAGCUGGGAGCGUGGCUAAGGAUUUAUGUGCACAAAUGUCAACCGAACUCAUUUCUGUCGUUCCACAGCUUGACGAUUAUCUUUGCCCAAUCUGCUUUGCAGUGGCGUACUGGCCGGUUCGACUGGAAUGUCAGCAUGUAUUCUGCAGUCGGUGUCUCGUCAAGAUGUCUCGAAAAGGAGAAAGGUUCUGUCCCCUUUGCCGAGCUGAUGUGAUCAUGAGAGCCGGUUUGGAAAACUUCGAUAGUGCGCGUGCGGCAUUUCUUCGCGAAUAUUUCCCAAAGGAAGUUAAAGAAAAGAUCCGGGCAAACGAGCGCGAAAGGAAUAGGGAGAUAUUUGGGCCUGAUUACUCGGAUUCACCUUGCUCUGUGAUGUAAGGGCAAUGGCGAUUACCUAUUCUUUUUAAGAAAAUUAAUAAUCACGAUUAAUCCAAAAGGAAGCCUGGGCACGAUUUUCUCCCAAUAUACCUCU